AUCCGACUCAAGCGUUUAGCUAAACUUCAACAACAAGCCUCCACUUCAAAAGCAGAAGAACCUACCAAAUCACCUACUACUACCACCACCACUACACCGAAGCCUGUUCUUCAAACCAUGGAAGAAUUUGUUCCUGUUAAAAGACCUUCACCUAAAAAGACAAGUACUCCUACAGAGCCUGAACAAGUGAAAAAGACAACACCAGUAUCAUCGCCAAUAAUUCAGGUUAAGCCUGCAAAGAGUUUUGAAGACUGGCAAGAUGAUGUGCUCUCGCGUAUCCUUCAAGUCACUUUAAACGUAUGUAUCAAAGGUUGUCCGUACCAAACAACUUUAAAUUAA